CUCUUUGUUUGAACCUCUGUAUAUCUCUAUUGGCAAUGCAAUGUUUUCAUUGCUGAGUGCAUUCAAAUUAUAGCCAAAUGUUGUCUUGAUCUUUUGGUACUCAGACUCUUCUAAUCUUGGCUAGCUGAUGUUGCAGGACACUGAAAGUUAGGAAAAAAUCACAACAGUGCAGCAGCAAUGCAGACAGUGGAAUUGAAAGUUGAGAUGGUAGGAUAUAACUGUGAGCAAAAGAUUAAGAGAAGCAUAGCCAAACUCAAAGGCAUUGAGAAGGUAGAAGUUGAUGUGAAUUAUGGCAAAGUGGUAGUGACUGGUUCUGCUCACCCUAAUAAGGUUCUAAAGGCAGUUAGAAGAGGGGGCCUGAAAGCAGAUUUCUGGUCAUCUCGAAGUGAAGCUCUUCUCAGUACCUAUGCUGCAGGAAGUUACUAUUGUCUUCGAGUUAAUGGAGCUUCCCAAUCUUCCUAAUCCUCUCCAAAUAAGGAAAAAGAUUCAGCUAAUGCAGUCUCUUCAUUCUCAUCGGGUUGAUUAAAAAGAAAUAAUUUGUAUGGAAAAGAAAAAGUUUCAUAUGCUAAAGUGUGUGGCGUGCUAUAUUCUUUAAAAAAGGUGCAGCUAUCUUGCUAUUGUAUAUUUUAUUGCAAAGGAAUUUCUUCUCUCAGAGGAAGUAAAAACAAGGCAUCUUAUCAGACAAACAUUAAAGCAAAAGAUAUGGCUUUGUGCU